CAAAACUAAGAUCACACAACAAAAUAGAGAACCGGAAACACGUGCAUUUGUUUACAUGCUGAUGUCUGUGAAAGAAGAAAAUGUCAUUUACAUUUAAUUUUCCUAACCCUGACGCAGCUGAAAAUGAAAGAACAGAAGAUCGCAUGAUCACAGAAAAAUCGGAUGAUGAUGAUACUGUCGAGGAUUUCAAAGAAAUACAUAUAACAUCUCGGAACCUUGAUAAUGCUGUUAGGCAGACUUACCAGAUAUCAGAAACUCUGCAUGUUGAUGUUCUCGACAGAGAUGUUGUGGAAAAGCAGCUUUGUGAGAAGACAGGGUCGGUUUGUGGUGUAAAAGAGGCUGCAGGACAGCACUCAGACCUUAUACCUAAUGUUUAUGAAGGCGGAUUGACAGUUUGGGAAUGUUCGCUGGAUCUGGCAAAAUACCUUGACUCGUGCCCAGAUAGUUUAGCUGGUAAAACUGUCCUUGAACUUGGCUGUGGUGCCGGAAUACCAGGGAUCGUUGCAAUAAAACAUGGAGCCUCCUUGCUCCAUUUUCAAGACUAUAACCCAGAGGUGAUGGAACACUACACCAUUCCCAGCGUACUCCUGAACAACAACGGACAUUCCUGUAAAUGUAGAUACUUCAGUGGAGACUGGGCCAGAUUUCGUUCACAUAUGCUAAGUGAAAAUAUGAAAUAUGACACCAUACUGACGGCAGAAACUAUUUAUAAACCUAUAAAUUAUUCCAAACUAACCAACAUGUUUAAAGAUUUUCUUAGUAAAAAUGGAGUUGUCUAUGUAGCAGCCAAGAGUAAUUACUUUGGAGUUGGCGGGAGCUCAAGAGGAUUUGAAGAUUUUAUAAACAAGGAUGGAACAUUUGAAAUCAGGGUCUGCCUCACUCUGGAAGCAGGAGUACCGAGAGAAAUUCUACAGCUGAAAUGGAAGAAUGUGUAAAGACUCUUGUGAUAUGAAAAUAUGGUGCAGUUUUAUUACAUAGUUAUAUUACUUAUAUAUGAUAAAAUGUUUCAAAC